AGCAGCAGCAGGUGGAGCCCCGCUCCGCCGCGGGCAGCGCCUGGCCGGAAACCCGAGCCGCAGCCGCCCGGCCCCGCGCUGGCCCUCUAGGCGCGAGCCCACGCCGCCCCGGUCCGACCCAGUUUCCCAGGCACCGGGUCGCGGCAGCCGGGGACGCGGUUGGGGCCGGGGCCGGAUGCAGCUCCGUGCGCACAGCGGCUCUGGAAGACCCCAGCCCGGGGCGCAGGGUUAACGGGAGCCUGGCUCGCCUCGGACACCGAAAGACUUGUGCUCGGGGACAGGGCAGCGGCGGGCUGGAGGAUCGGCAUCCUGGGCACCUGGCGGGACGCUCUCGGAGUCGGGGUGGCACGCUCGCCCCACCUUCUCGCCCGGGCGCGGACAGGGAGGACUCUUUCCAGAGGACCGGACCUCUUCGCCGGGUCCCGAGUGGAGUCCUCGCACCGGGCGCCUGUUGGUCUCCAAACCUGCUUAGUUGACACUGGUCUGCCGCUGUUCUCUGCUGGUUAGGCUUCUUCUUCGGCUAGGGGAGCAGUUGCCGCCAGCGACAGUCCGGACCUGUGGGCGCUCCAGGUCCCGGGUCUCCGGACCUGCCGAAAUCCUGCCGGCUUCGCUGACCCUCAACUCUCUUUCUGCUUGUCGCCGGUGCUCCCAGCCAUUGGUUUGGCCGGGAGCGUGCGGACGAGGCGUCUCUCUGGCCCCCUCGUUUGGGAGGGCCCUGGUCUCCAGGGAGCGGCUUUGUGUGUGGUGGGAUCCGGGGUUCUCAGCCAUGGCCUUCACUUUCGCUGCUUUCUGCUACAUGCUGUCCCUGGUGCUCUGCGCGGCGCUCAUCUUCUUCGCUAUUUGGCACAUAAUCGCCUUUGACGAGUUAAGGACGGAUUUUAAGAGUCCCAUAGACCAGUGCAACCCCGUUCAUGCGAGGGAGCGGCUGAGGAACAUCGAACGCAUCUGCUUCCUCCUGAGAAAGCUGGUGCUGCCGGAGUACUCUAUCCACAGCCUCUUCUGCAUCAUGUUCCUGUGUGCUCAGGAGUGGCUCACCCUGGGGCUGAACGUUCCCCUGCUUUUCUAUCACUUCUGGAGGUAUUUCCACUGUCCAGCCGACAGUUCAGAACUAGCCUAUGACCCGCCAGUUGUCAUGAAUGCCGACACCUUGAGCUACUGUCAGAAGGAGGCCUGGUGUAAGCUGGCCUUCUAUCUCCUCUCCUUCUUCUACUAUCUGUACUGCAUGAUCUACACCUUAGUGAGCUCCUAAUUGGGACCCUGACGACGGAGAGGCCAAGGCUGGGGACCGCCGCCGCUGUGGAGAGAGAGGAACCGGACGGGGAUGAUGCAGACACCCAGCUGGCAGAGACUGAAGGGAAGGAAUGAGAGUCACACAGCAGACAGGGCCACGUUCCCCGCGUGCAUCUGUUGUUGCUGCGUGCUGCUGCCUCCCCGUUGGCACCCCACACGGGUUGCAGAGCCCCUCUGAUCGUCCGGGGUGCCGGCUUGCAGCUGCUGAGACCCGAGGCCUCUGGAGAUGUAGUUGUUGCUUCCACGUCCCUGAGCAGCAGUACCUUGCAAGUUCCCCGGAGGGCCUGUCAGGAUGGUGGGAAGGAGGCCGGAAGCCGGGAGGUGUCAACCAAGGGACAGAAUGGCUCAGGGCCAAGGCCGGGUCUCCAGGAAUGGCUGAGACCCUCCAUGGGCUACCCAAGACUCUUGUUCUAUGUUUUCCAGAGUUGUGGUCACACGCUUUGCUCAGUGCAAGGCCAAAAGCAGCUCUGAGCCUGCUGUCAUGUCACUUUCAGGGUCUGUUUGUGUCUGAGCUCAAACAGUGGCUUCCUGAGCUCGAUGUGGGCAGCAAGUCACAUCCAGUGAGAACUGGGGAGGGGAGUGGGAGAAAAUGGCUUUUUAAAAUGUUUUCAACGUGUCCCAGGUGUGAGUUCUUCACCAUCCCAAGAUGUAUUCGGCCACUGCACCAGAAAUCCUUCGGUCAUGACAUGCCGAUCAGCUGGCUGGCAUGAGCCAAGCCAACAAAACCUCAAAACAGUUUGAAGCAUAUGGCGACGGAUGGCCAGGAAGUGAGACAACGCAAUUAUCGCUUCAGCUGAUGCUUCCAGCCUCCCUUUGUGCUGUUCAGUUCAAUGUGGGGACAUCCGCUUAUUCAGAAUCUUCCACUUGGCUUUUGCUCCUUUUUUGGGGUGGGAGUUGUGUGAGGGGGUGUAAGUAGUGACAAGGCUGAGAUCUUUAUGAUGCUUAAAUUGGGCACAAUGAUUUGACCCGAUUCCCCAAACCUCCUUGAUUCUACCAUUAACACACACACACACACACACACACACACACACACACACACACACUAUUUAUACAUGCACCAAUUCCCAUCUGAGUUCUGUGACUCAGGUUUUUGAAUGGUGUUUGUGUAGCACGCUGUGUGCUGUGUUUAAAAUGCAGCAACAGCUCAGCGGCUCACCUCACCGGCUCUCCCCCUUCAGCCCAUCCCGGGCUGGAUGUGUCUCCAGAUGGUUGGCAAACUAGUAGGUAGAAAAGCAGUUUCAAAAAAGACGCCGGGUUUCUAAAAAUUCCACAGAAAACAAAACAGGGAGGGAAAAAGAAAAUAAAGUUUGCGAGAAAGAACAAAAAACAGAAUGCAGCUUCCCCGAGGGGCCAGCGGUAUAAAACCGGAGCCUUUGCAGCUGGCUUUGGGGGGUUACUUCCGUUGGCAGGAGCCCUGGCUACUGCUGGGGAACUUGGGGAGGCCUCAGCUGGGUACCGAUCCCAGGAUGCCUACUUACCACCACCGACACGGAGAAGGUGAGGAAGGGGUCUGGCUGCCUCUCGCCUCCUGUCUGCUUUCACUUCGCCUUCUUCCAGAGGGGUUUGAAGCAGCUUCUGGCGGGAGGCACCAGCAUCGAAGGUGGUGACUGUGCAAUCAGGGAAAUCCAGAUCUACAAAGGAGGUCCGUGUCACCCACCAGCUUCCUGAGUGGUCCACCUGACAGCAUCCCUGAGCAGUAAAUGGUACCAGCUCAUACCACAGUGCUUUAUAUUGUAUAGACUGCUUUCCUGGCACACUGGACCCUCCACACAGUCCUGUUUUAUUUUAGUUUUCUCAGUUUCAAAGUGAGGGACUUAGAGAAACUGCCUAUGAACCUGGUGUCUGACUUUUUAAGAGAACGUGCCUUUUCUGUGCCCUCCUGUAGCUUGGGGUCCUGUUAAAGUUCAGUGGCUGGCAUUGACUUUUAUGGGAAAAGAUUUUAAAGCGUAGAGCUUUAGAGAAAGCAUUUGGAGGCAUGAAUUUCUUUAAAGGGGGAGGAUGAGAGAUUCUUCCUUUAGUCCUUGAAAAUCCUUAAAAACUGCUGGUGCUUCUUGGGCAUUUCUUACCUUUAUGGAAGAAAAACAUUCAAAAAUUUUACCUGCCAGCAGUUGUGAUUGGAAAAAUGAGUCCAAGUGAUCUCAUGGGAGUCACAGCGAAUUUUCAGUUCCCCAGGAGAGGCUCAUUUUUCUGAUGGUAGAAAUUAGCAGAAUGGGGCCAGGUGCCACGGUAAAGGAGAAGAGCCACCCUUGAUGCUCACAGCUGGUCAGAGGCCUGGCUUUAAAACCACGCAGGCCUCUUCCCAUGUGAUUUUGCUUGCAUGGCGAACUUUGGCUCUCAUCGUGUGCCUCAAGGAAGGAAGGAGAGAGCAAGGUAGGAGAAACUUUCAGAGCUUCAAGAGUCUAAAGGAAAUGUUUUUGGCGAGCAAGUUAGAACCCAUGUAUCAUAGGUCAGUGUACUCCAGGGGCCUGGCCUGUGCCUGAGCUGGCCUGGAGUGUGGGCCCUGUUUCCCUGCUGGAGCCCUGUGUGGCUGUGCUGUGUGUGACCUGGAUGGUGGAGAUCCACAAGGCCACAUUUCCCUUUGCUGAGGUGAGAGAAGAAAGACAGGCUCUGCCCUGGCUUACUGUAAAGGUGUGACUUCAAGUCUGCUGAGCCUGGUAACGGUGAGCACUUGUACACCCUCCCAAAUGCCCAGGCUUCCUGCCAAGCAUUCGUUACACGUCUCUCUCAGUCCUCACAAUGGCAUCGUGAGGCAGGAACUAUGUCUUUAAUUGAUAGUCGUACGCUUUGGUACAAAACUUACAGAGGUCAAAAGCUCAAGCCAGUGUCACAUUCGCCAAGUUGCCAACCUGAGUCUCUUUACUUCUGGGACCUCGGCAUUAUUGUAUUCUCAAAGGCGUGAUGCAGUAUGGGAAGGGUGAUGAGAAAGAACCAGGAAAGGCAUUGAGGAUGGACAGGACAGGAGCUGAACUCACAUGGCUCACAGCACGCAACCCGGGGUGCCUGACCGCAGUCAGGCUGGGUCAGGGAACCUUGUGGUGCUUCUCUUUUCUGAGCCUGCUCUCUCGUCUGUCACAGGAAGCACAUGCCGCCUCCCAUGGGUGUGAUAAGCCAACUGUGUUUAGAGAGUUCCUAGCAGAGAGCCUGUUUCCACAAUCUUGUCUCACUCCCUGUCCUCCCUUCACUGCCCCUCCCUCCCCCUUGCCAGUUGAUUACGUCGGAAAGAAACUUGAUGUUCCUUAGAGCAGCACAUAGCAAUGCUCAUGGGGUCUCAGCCUUCUUCCUGUCCUCUCCUUCCUGGAGUGGGGUGAGGGAGUGACUGUCCCAGCCACGCAACAGGGGUAACAGCUCAGCUUCCUCAAGAAAAAUAUCCCCUUUGCUCCCUAUUUUUAGGCUUGGUAAUUGCACCAAUGUUGAAUAAAAUUGCCAUCGUUAUGAUAGUUUUAUUCUCCCACAUAAGGGAUGAAUGCAGCCAGGAAAACGCUCUGACAACAAUUAAUUGCACUCACAGUGUGCUAUCACGCAGAUCCGUUUCACAGCCCUUUCUUUUUGGGGGACUUUGGCCUGUUCUGUUCCAUGCUGUGUUCCUGGCAUGUGACUUUUUAGACCCCGCCCCCCCACCCCGCUCAUUAGAGCCAAAGCAGCCAUCUUUCCCACAUUUCUGCUCCAAGGUUGACCCCAUAAGUGAGGCAUGGGUGGUGCAUAAGGAGGGAUGGAAUCUAGAUUACUCUGAUAAGAGGACUUUUCCUGUGGGAUGGAGGCAGGAGCUAAGCAAGGCAGAGAUUCUUCAGCGCUGGAGGGCAUUUCUGGCGAAAGCGAGGGUCCCUGUUUGGAAAGAAGAUUGUUCUUUCCUUACAGAGGCCUACAUACAGUGGGAAUGUUCAGCACAUUCGUUAGUACCGGAAGGAGACCCCGUGACCCAACUUAUUGGGUCUCAGUUGUUGCUUAUAAUCCAGAAAUGGCCACAACAAAAUGACAGCUUCCAGACCUUGACCUCUGUGUGGCUAUCCCCACCACCCCCACACCCCAUGCAACUCUUCCCCGACAUCCCUGGAUGCCCCAGAUAGGCUUCUCUAGGCCUUGAACUUGGGCCCUUGGCUACCACAUUUUCUUCUUUCCCAGUGAGCCGUGUAUCUGAAGUGGCUCACGGGGGCUCACAGGAACCAACUGUUCUGAUUUAUAGGGGAAUUUGCCAGCAGUUGUUAAAUGCUGCUGCUGUUAAAACCAAAGUUACAUAAGCUUAGGUUAAUUACGUGGAAGACAAAGAUGUGUAGUUAGCAGCCUACACGUACAUUUUAAUAUUUCCUUUUAAGCUAUGGAUGUCAUUAUCUGUGGUAAAAAUAUUGCCUGUGGUGUGAUCCUAUUCAUUCUUUCCAGCCUUACGUUCACUGCUGUCAUUAGCAUCUGGAAACUGCCCCUGAUGGAAGUGUUUGCAUCACAAAAAUUGGCAAAUAGACCUCCCCCGCCCCAUCUGAGUGCUAGUUAAGCCCUUAUUAGUGUAGCCUGGUCUUAACUCUGGCACAGUUGAGUGACCGCAUCAUGGGAGCCAGGAACCCAGGUGAAGAUGAAUGCGUCUUGACCUCAGAGUAGUGGCUGUGCAGUGAGUGGUGGAUUUGGAGGCCAGGGCAGCUGGUGGCACUGUGAGGGGUUGCUUACAGGGAUGUAGAUGCUCGGCCCACAAAAUGCCACUCCUGGAAAGCCUUUAUCAGGGAUGAGGGAACCCCACCUCCCUAGUUCAGCUAAGCUAGCUCCGCUCUAGUUCCUCCCCGAGGCCAAGUGCAAUUAGGGCAGCAUUGCAUACAGUCCGUGUUAGGGAGCAGCUGGAUACUCAGGUGAGCUUCUUGACCCUCCCCAACUGUUCACCGGGGGAUGUAAACGCUCAAGUCCAGCUGGGAUAAUCCUUUUGCAAGGGGCUCAUCUUAGGAAGCUAAGAUGACAGUGGCUUGGCUGAGGGAUAGUCACAGUAGGUGUUUGUCCACUUCCUUGAGAGGUCCAAAUCAGCAGAAAGAGAGCUCUGUUAAGGUACCGAAGUCUUGCGCUUGGCGCACAAAGUAAGUCCCGCCACUGCUGCUCCUUCCUCCACCUCCUGGCCAAUUCCAGAGCUCUGACAGUCUCCACCUGCGCAGUUUCUUUCAUGCAGUCCCCAUUCCGCACCCCACCCCCACCCCAGGUGCCUUGUGCUUUGGAGAUACAGCUGUCUUGGGCGUUACUAUGUUUUCUGGAAUUUGACUACCUCGGAAGCCAGCAAGAGAGGCUUAAAUGCCAGCACUGAGUGUUCAAACAUCACCAGAGGUGUGAGCAGUAAACUCAUGUCCUCUUCAGAAAUAUUCCACAUAUCACAAAAACAUCAUCACCUUUGUGGCCAGAGCAAGAGAAGGAAAGAGAAUGAGAGCCCAGUGAAAUGACAGGCCCACAGAAAACCAUAGUGAGACUCGGCCAUCGCCCCACACCCGGGAUGGUGGGUUUGGAUCCUGCAGUGAAGUCAUCCUGAUAAUACAAAAGGCUGAGGGGAAUUUUGCCCAUCACUGCCCUUAUGGGAAAGUCUUAGGGUGCUAUUCUGCUUUCCUAGAGCUAGGUGGGAAAUGACCCUCAAGUUGAGGUAACGUCCUGAGUUUCAUGAAACAGACCAAGCCCUCUCUAAGAAGUGGAGGUAUCCAACCAAGGUGGGUCAGAUGUCCAGAAGAUGAUGUGGGAGUCCUGUGCUUGAAGUAACCAGCCUUUUCUUAAGGAAUAUUUCAAGACUAUUUUAAAACAACCAAGCCCUAAGGGCCAGAACUUGCCUAACGGUGUGUGAGUCCAGUGCCAAAAUUACCCAUAAGACUUAGCCACAGCCCUGGUACUAAUCCUGCCUAAAUAAGAAAAAGCACACAGGCUGCAGUUUGCAUUGAAGAUGUGUCAUCUUGCUUUGGGUUGGCUCCUGGGAACCUCAACAUAAGCUUUCAGUGGCACAGGUAAGGAGGCUCAGACCCUGCAGCCUUUGGAUGUUGGUACUGUCUAGGAUGCUUAACAGAGGUGACUCAAAAGUGCUAUCUCAGUGUAACCUCACCCUAAGGUGAAUGUGUUAGGACCAAGGAAAUGAUGAUGUGCAUAACAGAUCUUAUAUGAAAGAGGUUUAUUAGAUGGAGAUGAAGAAAGAGAGAAAAGGAGAGAGCGAGACAUGAUGGGGGAAGAAAGGGGAUUGCCCCAACAGAGGAAGGGGAGAGGGCAAGAGAGCGAUGAAGUGGCAGGUUGAUCCUUUUAAGGAGAAACUUGACCACACUGGCCAGGUGUGGCCUGGUGGGUGACACAUGAUGACAUCAUAGAUUGCUAGGCAACCCAGAAUCAGGCUGCCUGAAUACUAACAGAAUGCUCCUGUUGAGUGGACAUCAUUGGGCUUUACAUUUGACCUGUUCUGCUCAUUGUUGGCCUAUGAAGACAGCCAAUCAAUGCAGGACAAGAACUAAAUUGGGCCAGGGAAAAAGGACUUGAGAAAAAUGUCAGAAGCCCAGACACACUGGAAGGAAUAGAAUAACCAGAAGGCCUGAAAACUGGCUUUAACUGUAGAAGUAUAACACAAAAGGGUGAAGGCUGAAUUAGGCUCCAGUGGUGACCAGGUUGAAUGGUGAGUGUAAACAAACUCACAGCUCAUGCACUUAACAGUGCCAGCAAAGCCAGGCCUUGUUAUUAAAACUCCACAAGGAGUCCCUGGGGCCCUUUGCUUCACUGGAUCGCUGUCCAGUGCUUGUCCAGCACACAGCUUUGUGCUCGAGAAGGUCCUGACGAUGUAGUAGCUGCUGCUCGCUGGAGCUCAGAGCACUGAGAAUUGUGACCCUGUCCAGAGCAUGGGAUCUCUGCUCUAUGUCAGGAGACUGGGCAGAGAAGCCCCUGGAAGACAGUUUCAGGGAAAAAAAAUCCAUGCUUCCGAGAGGACAGAAGUUGGACUCUUUUGUCAGCCUAGGAGAUCAGGGUGAUUACUUCCUGGUGAUGGCUCUGCAAGGCAUCAAGGGAAGCAGGUUAAUGUUAAUUGCAGGCAUGGGGAGGGACAAGGUGAAGGGGAUAGCUUUUUCAAAAAAUAGGAGGCCUGGUGGGGACAGGCAGGAGACAGAACUUCCCGAAGUGGAGGAAGGAGCAAUGGUGAGCAUGUGCUCUGGGAAGGAAGAUUUCCACGGGUGAAACCCACUAUCAGGAGAACCAUGGGGAAUGAGGGGCAGGGCCUGCCCUGGACAACAGUGCUACUAAUGACCACACCACAAAGUUUAGGACAGAAAUCGGUAGAAAGAGCUGAUUUCUGGAUUCAAAGGGUUUAGGCCAUCCUGGGACAAACAUUUAUCUGUAUGAAGAGCUGACCUUUGUCCUCAUGAGGUCCAGCAUGUUGAACUGGGCUGAAUUUUGGAACACCUAGAGACCUGCAGAGGCAGUUUAUUCUCCCAGUCCAUUAGUAUUGCAGGGACCAGUGCAAAGGAAGAAUGUUUCAACUGUAUAAGGGCCUCCCGUGGCCUGGACUCCACAAUGUUCCUGUGUUCAGUAGCAGACAGGUAUGUAGAAAAGACCAGUUCAUCAGGGCAACCUUCUAGAAUCAUGGACUCUGAGACCUAAGGGAGCAGACAGCUGGUCCUCUACACCCAGAGUGACUAAUAGAGAAUUCGUAGUAGAGAUAUAUUGUUUUUCAGGUACAGAACAAUUUAGGGAACUUUGCCCCAAGGAGAGCAAAGGCCUGGCCUUUGGAUGUUGUUCACUGGCUUGAGAGGGUCUGGCUGAUAGUCAAACAGUACUUUUUUGAGGAGUAACAUACAGGAAUCUCAUGCCUGGUCUCCGGUGCUGCUGGGUGGCCUGGUGUCAUUCACAGAGCUGGGUGUCAUGGGUACCUGGAAGCAACAAGCCGAGGGGCUGCUGCUGUGGGGAUCCCGGAAGGGAAGAGAGGCAGGAGCAGUUCUAGAGAAUGACUUCAGCCUCCUCUUUAGCCCCUCUUUGUGCAAGUUCAGCUUCGGGGGGAUUUAAUUGGCUGACCAAGGGAGUAGGAGAAAGGGUAGGCUUGGGGCAUGUAACACAGCCUAGUUCACUCAAUUGCCACAAGCCUCUUCAUGCACAGAGCUCCGGAGCAGCAGAGGUGGAACAGACCCUGAGGAUGCAGAGUUGACACCAGGAUGAAAGGUCGUCAGGAGCGACGAGGACCCUGGCUUCAUGACCAGAUGCUUUUCUUCACGGUCAGUUUUCAAACAGGGCUGUGUCUUUACACAGGAAGGACCUGACUCCCGUUGGCUGUGUGGUGUUGGUCACAUGUCUCAGCCCUUCUGAGUCUCCGUUCACUCAGCUGUGGUGGGGAUGGCAGGACCAGACACGCUCAUGAAUGGUUUUGCAAGGAUGACACGAAUACUGAAUUAGAUUAUUUACAUGAAAUCAAUGCAUAGUGUGGACUGUGCAGUACAGAUAUGAGGGCUCAUCAUCAUAGUAGUCACAGCAAGCAGAGGUUUUUCUUCAGUAAUUUUCCCCCUUUUUGCGAGACAGGAUUUCUUUGUGUAACCUUGGCUGUCCUGGAUUCGCUUUGUAGACCAGGCUGGCCUCAAAGUCACAGAGAUCUGCCUGCCUCUGCCUCCCCGAGCCCUGGAAUUACAGGCAUGCACCACAGUGCCCUGCUUUUCUAUGAUAAUUUUCAAUAAUAAUUGGAAGAUUAUUAUUGUGCCUCAGCGGUUGAGUGCUUACCUACCUUGGGCAAGGCUCUGGCUUCAUGUCCAGCACUGCAAAUAAAUGCAUAAAUCAAAAUUU